AUUCAUUUUUUGAUUUGAAAGAAAUUUUUUCGGAUCUUUUUCUGAAAAAAAAUUAUAAACCAAACAAACAAAUAAUGUCUGUCACAUUGCAUACCGAUUUGGGUGAUAUUAAAAUGGAAUUAUUCUGUGAAAAAUGUCCAAAAACUUGUGAGAAUUUCUUAGCACUUUGUGCUAGUGAUUAUUAUAAUGGAUGUAUAUUCCAUCGUAAUAUCAAAGGAUUCAUGGUUCAAACUGGUGAUCCAAGUGGUACCGGUAAAAAUGGCCAAAGUAUUUGGGAUAGAAAAUUUGAUGAUGAAUUACACGAUGAUCUGCGGCAUUCACGGCGUGGAAUCGUAUCGAUGGCAAACAAUGGUCCCAAUACUAAUGGAUCACAAUUUUUUAUUAUUUAUGCUGGCCAAUCUCAUUUGGAUCUUAAAUAUACGAUUUUUGCCAAAGUGAUUGAUGGAAUGGAUACAUUGAAUGAUUUGGAAAAAGUUGCCGUUAAUCCGAAAAAUUAUCGUCCAUUAAAAGAUGUUCAUCUGAAUUGUGUGACAAUCCAUGCUAAUCCAUUUGCUGAUCCAAAUGUUGCACAAUGAUUUUGUAUUUAUUUUUUUUUGGCCAAUAGAUGGCAUGUAUAUGUAUGUAUGUGGACGUUCGAAUGAAUUCCUUGUGACCAAACAUUUCGUUUGAAGAAUUUUUCAUUUUUUUUUAAUUAAUCACAUUCAUCAAAACCAUUUUCGUCAUUAUAUGUCUAUAAUAUUUAUUGAUCAAUAAAAACGUGGAUAAAUAAAAAUUAA